AUUCCUCAAACGAAGGAUCCGGCAUUCAAUCGUCACAUGCGGAAAAGGCAGCUCAGAAUAUACCAAAAGAGGAAUUCGAACGAAAAGUCAAAGAGAUUAUUAGGCUUGCUUUAACUUCGGAACUUCGUAAAGUUCCUUUGAAGCGCGACGAAAUUAUAAGAAAAGUGCUAAAGGAGCAUUCGAGGUCUUUUCCGGUAAUACUAUCAAAAGCACAGGAAAGAUUGCGUGACAUAUUUGGAAUGGAUUUAGUGGAAUUGCCUGUGAAAGAUAAAAGAGUUAAUAUUGGUUCAAAUGCACCACGAAGAAACGCUCAAGUCAAAGAAAAGUCAUCUUCAAAUUCGUACAUAUUGAAAAACAUACUUCCCAAAAAACUUCUCGAAACAGAUUUAAUUAAUUGGGACAAAAAUAAAGACUUGGAAGUGAUGGGUCUACUUACAGUCGUUCUCAGUCUGAUCCUUGUGAAUGGAAGGGUUUUGUCUGACGGCAGGUAUUACUUUCAUCAACUCAAUAAUUAUACUCGUCGUCUCCACCUUCAUAACGACGAGAGAUUUGAUUUAGAAAAACUCAUAGCGAAUUUCGUUAAGCAAGGAUAUCUAGUCAAGCAGAAGGUGAGCGUUGUUGAGAAUCCUUCACAAACAUCCGAUAAAGAUCCAGUUGAAUACCGUUGGGGUCCGAGGGCAAAAAUUGAAAUGCCAGAAUCAAAUCUCUGUGAUUUUAUUAAAGCGGUUUAUGGAAACGAUGCACCACCUGACCUUGAGAAACGUAUCGAAAGAGCAUCUGGGAUCGAGUAG